AUGCUGCUGGUCACCCAUGCGAGUCCGCCAGAUGCUGGCUGCUGCCUGUCCAUCCAUCCAACAUCUAUAGCCGCAUGGUUAAUAUGCCUAAUCACUGCUGGAUGCAACCGCUCACCCUUGCAUGUCCUUCCCUGGUACGGCUAUUCCGCUUACCCCCCUACUACUGCAAUACCAGAAGUUGGAGCGGAACCAGGGGAAGUGCAACCUGGCGAGCAGGAGGAGGUGGUCGGCACCAGGCCGACCGUGGUGACGCAUCUGGAACAGGCUGCUGUGGUCAUUACCCUAGGCACGCGGCCACAACCCAACCUGGAGCUGCGUGUGCGGUUAGUGGACCCCGGUGCUGAUGCUGAGGCUGGCGACAGCAGCAACAGUCCCACAGCAGGUGCCGUCACGGGUGUCGUACCCCUGCACUCGAAGGAGGAGGAGGUCAGCGGCAGUGGCAGCGGCAGUGCGGGUGGUGCUCCUCCCUGUACUGGUAGCAAUGUGGUGGAGCUGUCCUCGGUGGUACGCGGCAAGGGCACCUUUGGUCGAGUGGUGGAAGGUACUUACCGGGGACAGCGAGUGUCUGUGAAGCUUCUGGCCAGCAACGGGCCCUGGGGUUGCCCCAUCGAGGCCUUUGCCUCCAGCUUUGCGCAGGAAGUGCAGGUGCUGAGCCGCUGUUAUCACCCAAAUGUUGUGCGAUUGCUGGCGGCCUGUGUGGAGUCGCCGCGGCUAUGUUUGGUUCUGGAGCUUAUGGAGACUUCUCUGGAUUGCCUUAUGUACGGAGACCCGACAGCCCCGCCAAUGCCGCUGCCGAAGGUGCUUCAUAUCGCCAUAUCCAUUGCCAACGCGCUGGCCUACCUGCACCCCACCAUCACUCACCGAGACCUCAAGCCUGCCAACGUGCUGCUCAACGACCCCCACAGCGACCGGCCCACAGUUAAGCUUGCGGACUUUGGGCUGUCGCGGCUUCGUGUGACGGUGGCUCCAACGGAGCAUCCGAAUGCGGGCACGCCCGCGUACAUGGCACCGGAGUGCUUCGACUUGCAAAACCGUCAGGUCACACAUAAAGCGGACAUGUUCGCGCUGGGUGUGCUGCUGUGGGAGAUGCUGGCCUGCGAGAGGCCCUGGCCUGGAAUGAGCCCGCUGGAAAUCGGCCUGCUGGUAGCGUUCAACGGUAUGCGCCUUUCCCUGGAUGAACUCCUGGCCUCCGAGCGCUGCCCAUCCAAGCUGGGUCGUCUGCUGCUAGCCUGCUGGGAGACGGAUCCUGACCGGCGGCCAGCGGCUGCAGAGGCAAGCAAGGAGCUGGCGUUGAUCCUGCAACUUCAGCAGCAACCGCAGGAACAGCAGCUGCAGCCACCAUCCCUGGUCAACCCGCCUGCCCUGCAGCAAGCUCGGCAGCUUCAAUGCAAUCAGCAGCUGGCGCGCGGACCGCAGCAGUCCAAUGUCCGGGCACAGCUCACGGAUACCAGCGAGGUGGACCUUUGGGGUGAUCCCUCAUCUUCCAAUUCAUUCCCACAAACAGGAGGAGCAGCUCGAGGAGCAGCAGCAGCAGUGGCCUAG